AUUUAACGGCGACUCAAUGAGAUAUCGGACGUCACUCUCUUGUCAUGCAAUAAUUUUUCUCGUAUUUUUCAUUUUCUUCGCGUAAAUAGAUAUUUCUUCAGAUUCAAAGAAUAUUUAAUACAUAACUUGCUUAAAUAUACACGCAUUAUAAGAGGAAUACAAUUAAAAUAUUCAAAUAUCAGAUUAUAAAAUAAAUAAUUAUAAGGAUUACACUAACUCUGCUUGUAUCUCUUACGAACGAUUAAUACUUCCGUUAAAAAAAAUGAUAACACAUGACACGAAAGAAGACCUUGUCGAGUGUGAUAACACUUCAAUAAAGCAUAAGAUGCAUGUCGCUUAACCAUUGAGUAUAUUAAGUGAAAACCCCAGUAGGUCUUGUCAGAGACAUAUUAUGUAUAAAUCUCAUAUUUCCCGGAGCAGUGAAACUCCGCCACGAGGUAACGAAUCCGAGAGCACAUCGCUGCUUCCUUCGAAAUCCCGCACCAACUUAGAGCCGAUGGUAUUGUUCGGUGAUUCCGAAACAAAUGACUUAAAUCCGGCCGACCGAUAUUUCAAAUAUGGGAGCGCCGACGCCGCUAGUACAACCCUGAUGCCGAAAAGGCCAUCAUCUCUGACGCUGGAUAAUGAAUUGUUCGUUUCCGUAACGGCGGAUCUCGGUCAGGAGAAGAAUUACAACGUCGAUCUGGUAAAAAGACAAUAUAAAAGUGAUGAGAUAUUGGUGAGUGAAAAAUCCGAUGUGAAUAAUUACGCGCUCGAGAGAGAUUUCAAAACUGGAUCGCUGCAGUUUCAACCCGAUAUCGUAGCAGUUUCACACAAAGACCUUAAACCUAAACAGAACUCGUUGGUCACUAUAUUUUCAAUAUGGAACACAAUACUUGGCUCGUCGUUAUUAACGAUGCCGUGGGGAAUCGCAAUGGCCGGUUUCUUUCCUGGAAUCAUCAUUAUUUUCAUGAUGAGCGGCUUGUGCCUGUAUACUGCUUAUCGUCUUAUAGCCGCAUACGAGUAUCACGGUGGAGGUGAAAAUAUAGAAAUCAUAGAUUUAAGCCGAAUAUAUCUUAACAAAUGGGCCGAAUAUAUCGCCAGAAUCUUUAGUAUUACCGUAUUGAUGGGUGCAACUAUAGCUUACUGGAUAUUGAUGGCUAAUUUCCUGUAUAAUAGCGUUAAUUUUAUUUAUGAUAACAUAGCUGGUUGGUCAAAAUAUUCCGUACCUGAGAAUAUUUCGCAUACGGAAGUUCUAUGCCCGAAGAAAGAAGUCCACAGUGAUAACGAUACUAUUAUAAUCUACGAGAAAACAUUCGACGCACUAGGACCAGCGUGGGAUCUACAUGCGACAGUGCCUGUAUUUUUAGGGCUAUUGAUAUUUCCUUUACUGAAUUUUAACAGUACGACAUUUUUUACAAAGUUUAAUUCUCUUGGAACAGUGUCAGUUGUAUAUUUGAUUGCUUUCGUCAUAAUAAAAUCCACAUCUUGGGGCGUAAAUAUGAGGGGAAUAGAGUGGGAAACAAGUUGGAUAAUACGACCUACGUUUCCGGCCCUUACGGGAAUGUUGUCGAUGUCAUUCUUCAUCCACAAUAUUAUAAUCAGUAUAGUGAAAAAUAAUCGCAAUCAAAAAAAUAACGGGAGGGAUUUAAUUAUAGCAUAUAUUCUCGUCACAGUAACGUAUAUUAUAUUAGGAUUGGUGUUCUACAUUUGCUUUCCUCUACCUAAAUCAUGCAUAGAAGAUAAUUUAUUGAACAAUUUUCAAAAAUGGGACGGUCUUACCAUAGGCGUUCGUAUAGUACUACUUUUCCAAUUAUUGACUAUUUAUCCAUUGAUCGCAUACAUGUUACGUAUACAAUUGAUCUCAUCGAUAUGUAAAACAGUAUGUAAUAGGAGUUUAGUGCUUCUUAUUAAUCUUUUACUGGUUUCUAUAUGUAUUUUGUUUGCCACGUUUGUGCCAUAUGUUGGAACCAUCACUCGAUAUAAUGGCGCUUUAAGUGGAUUGAUUUACGUUUUUACUUUACCAAGUUUAUUACAUUUGUCGAUUUUGAAGAGACAAGGAAAAUUAACUGUGUGCACUCUAUUAAUCCAUUUAAGCAUACCUGUUAUUGGAAUUUUUAAUCUUGUUGCUCAAUUCUUUAUUACAGAUAAAUGAUUAAAUAAUUAAGAUGUACAGUCCCUGGUCAUAUUUAGACAUCCCUUGAUUCUUCAAGAGAAUGCAAAUUAGGAAAAGAAAAGCUACUGAUUUUAUUUUUACUCGAUUGGAAUAAUUUUCAGUGUCAAAUAGCGCUUUUACCUCUGCAACCUUCUGAAGUGUCAAAUCACUUGUUUUAUCCAUAAUCUUUGUAAAUAUUAAUAUUUUUUACACAAGAAUUUCAUUAGUAAGCAAGGAAUUUGCAGUUUCAAGUCACAAAUAAACAAAAAUAAAACUAAAUUUCAAUUGACGCACUCAAAACUUAGGUCUAUUCUCGUUAUUAUCAACAAUGUAAUUGACGCAAGUUUACACUUGUUGAAGAUCAUUGUAACAGCCAAAUGAAAUGACGUUAUAAAAAAUAUCCUUUAUAGAAUAAUGGUUUCUUAAUUUGAUCAAUAAAUGAUCAUAUUAUAAAGCUGGUCCUCAGAAGUCAAUGAAAUGUAAAAAUUAAGAUGCGUUUAGUAAUAUGGCCAGGGACUGUAUUGUAUAUUUGCAUAAUUAUAUAUAAUUAAUUUUUUUAUAUUUAAAACUCAACUAUAUGUAUUUGUUGCGUUUCAGAAUUUUAUUGAAAAUAGCUUUAUACAAAAAUAUCAAGUGCAAAAUGUAAAACAAUUCAUAUGAAUCAUUUAUUUGUAGGAAAAUUUUGUACGCAUCCAAAGCAUAUUAAAUUUAGGAAAAAAUAAGUAAAAUUAUGUGUAUAAAUUAGUUUAUAUAUAUAAAAGAAUAUUNAUA